AUGGAUAGAUCAAAUUUUAGAAAAAGAAAGAGAGUCCCUUCGUUCCAACCAGAAGGUCUGGGACUUCUUCUUUCAGAUCCUCCGCAAGCCAAACAGGCCGAAAAUAUCAUCACCGACGAGAAGGUGAUCAAUUAUAUUCUCAAAUUACAGCCAAAGACCACAGAACGAAAGGAAGUGUUCCUCAAACUAGUACUUUCGUACACCGAGGCAGAGUUCCUUUCCUCAUCUGAAUUGAAUCUCGAAGAUGCACUUUCCAAGAAAUUCCAAGUAAAAAGUUUCCUGAUCUCGCCCCAAGUAGAUGGAGUUGUAGAUAGAUUCAUAACAUUAUACGGCGACAACGAACUGAUAGCAAGAGGUGUGGUAUAUAUAAGUUUUUUGUUGAAAGUUAAGCUCAAUCGAUUUAUUCGAGGAGAGUUAUACACUCUCAAGUCCAACAAUUAUGACAUAGAAAUGGUGAUAAGGCGAGAAGUUUAUCCCCACGAUAACUUCCUAGAUUCCUUCAAUUUUAAUUUAUAUGAAGACACGUUUCCCUUAUGGUAUAACCAGAAUCGUGGAGUCCAUCUCUUGCACAUACGAUCUGAUUUUUUGACAUUGUUUCUCUUCACUCUGGCCCUACUCUUAAGAUAUAAAGAUUCAGAAGAGGAUUUCAUUAUUGUGCAGACACCACUAUUCGGUGUUCACACAGAUCCCAACUUAUUUGCUAUAUCGGAUACGAAUAAGGAGAUGUUGGAGAAGAGUAGAAACGGAGUUGUGUCAUACUUGCAUCCAAAAUAG